CGGCAGCUCGCAUGAAUCCACGCUCGUUUACGCGAUGAUUGUAACGUUUUUGGACGCUUUCAGCAAAAAAAUGCGCCAAAUCUCAGUUUAGCGACAGCUUGCGAAACUUUUUGACGACUUUGAUCCAUGUUGGUGAAAGUUAGAGAGACUGGAAAGUGCUUUGCGUCCACUGAUCAUGCCCGAUAGGCUGUGAUUAAAACCGUGGAAAUCUGUGUUUUUUCUGCUCUUACACUCAAACAUCAACAGUUGAAAUUUUCGCAUUUAAAGCAGCGCGUUUAUCGCUUUGGUUGUCGGAUUUGUUAAAUAUGGCUCAAGUGGGGCUGGCAUGUGGUGGAGACACCUUUUAGAGGAUUCACACACCUGGGUCUGUGUGGGCUGCAUGUGCUGAAGGGUUUAAGCUGUCAUGUUGCACAUGUGUACUUGAACAGCUCGGCUAAAUCCCUGCUACACAUUCAGGACUGGCUUUGAUUUGAUUUGGACACUCCAAUAUAUUUAAGAUCAAGCUGUUGGGAAGCCAUUGCUUACAUAGAGUGUCAGAUUCUUGCAGAGUGCAGCAGUGUUUCAGUUUUAUUUAUUUCAUAUCUGCCCCUACAAGUUUUCCUGGCACAGAGAAGCACCAUGUGUUCACUUUUAGUGACUUUUUAGUGGCGAUAAAGUGGUUUUAUAUACAGAUAAAGGGAAAGUUAAAGGAAAAGCCAAUAUAAAGGCUGUUGGUAAGGUGUUUGGACAGAACUGCUUUUAUGCACAUCUGCUGGUUGUCCACAAGCUCCACUGGAGGAAUUAACAACUUUAGCUAAAAGAUAUUGUCUCAUAUCAGAUCUGAUAACUAUGAAGGGUGUAGUUUAUGAUUUCUAUCCUUAUCAAAUCUGGAAGAGACCAAUCUCAUCUCUUAUCGUCUUCAUUUAUGCACUCUACUUGGUUUCUGCUCCUUUACCAUGAAUUUGUGCAUGUGUGAGUUCAGUCUGUGGCAGUGCUGAGGUGUUACUGAAGCCCAGGUUGCUUUGAUAGUGGGCUCCAGCUCCCCUUGUUUUUGGGUUGUCUCACCUUCUUCUAUAGAUUCUUUGUGGUGUUUGAAUCAGGUGAGUUGGCUGGCCAAUCAAGCUCUAAUAGUAGAUGGCUGUGUUGACCUUGAAUCUGAUAAAAAAUAAAGUGGACCAACCACCACCGAUGCCAGCAGAUCACAGACUGCAGAAACUUUACACUGGAUUACAAACACCUCGGGUUCUUUGCCUCUCUGCUCUUCAUCCAGACUCUAUGCCAAAUUUACUUCUGUUUUAAGAGUAUUUUGGACUGCUGAGCAGUUCAUUUUCUCGUUAGCUCAGGUAAGACAUUUCUGAAUCCCUGGUUCAGGUGUGGCUUCCUAUUAUGACUCUCGUCGCUCCUUUCCUGAGGACCUCUGUUUCCGGUGGCUGUAGAUGCAGACACCAGUCUAAGUUCACUCCUCUUGAAGCUCUCCCAAGUUCUUGAAUUAACUUUUCUUCACAGUCACCUUAAGGCUGAAGGUGCUUGUGCGCCUUUUCCCUUCCAGUCAGCUUUCUGUUGAUGUGCUUCUAUACCGCACUCUGAGAACAGCCAGCCUUUUCAGCUGUGACCUCCUGUGGUUCACCCUGCUCGUGGAGGAUGUCGAUGAUCAUCAUCUGGGCAACUGUGAAGUCAGCCGGCUUCCCCAUGAUUGUGGUUGCGUGUACUGAAUUAGACCAAGAGUUUCGGGACUUCUGAGAAAAUGAAGGCGAACGAGGUGAAGCUCAUCAGCCCAGGCCUGGAGGAUGAGAUGGAGGUGUCGGGUUACAGACCCUGUCUGUGGAAGAUGAUCCUGGUGGGCGCAGGUGUUAUUUGCUCUGGUGGUCUCCUGCUGCUGCUCCUCUACUGGUUACCUGAGUGGGGUGUGAAGAGCACCUGUACUCACACCACGCUGAAGGACGCACACACAGUGCUGCUCAGGACAACGGAUGAGUUCAGACAGUGGUUUCGAGCCAAAGUGCAUGUGAUGUUGGCUCCUGGGAAGAAGCCCUUUGACAGUUUGGCUUCCCAGCCUGAAAGCCAGGUACCAAAUGGAGACGGAGACCUUGGUGUCAGCGCUGUACACGAAGACUGCUACGGACAGUUUUCUCACAGGCAGCUGGUUCAGGUUCACUAUUUCGUCCACCACAGCACUCGAUACUACUGGAAUGAUGUGAUGCAGAACUUUGAAUUAUACAAAGGCCUGGAGGAUGUGAAUGUGAGCUGUGCAAGCCUUCACUCUGAGCACAGCUCUGGGCUUUCUAAAACAUUACAAGACUACAGGAGGCUGUUUUUUGGGGAGAAUGAGAUUGCAGUGAGAGUGCCCUCUCUGUUAAAGCUUCUGGUAAAGGAGGUCUUGAACCCUUUUUACAUCUUCCAGCUCUUCAGCAUUAUUCUCUGGAGCUUUGAAGAUUAUUAUUAUUAUGCCUCGGCCAUUGUUUUAAUGUCCAUCAUUUCUAUCGCUACCUCACUGUACACCAUUAAAAAGCAAUACGUCAUGCUGCACGACAUGGUGGCAGCCCACAGCGUGGUUCGUGUUUCUGUGUGCAGAGGGAAUAAAGAUAUUGAACAGGCCAUGUCAACGGAGCUCGUGCCCGGCGAUGUCAUCGCCAUUCCAGCGAAUGGGAUGAUAAUGCCGUGCGACGCAGUGCUCGUCUGCGGAACCUGCAUUGUGAACGAGAGCAUGCUGACAGGAGAGAGUGUGCCAGUCACCAAGACCAGUCUGCCCAGUGCUGGCGAGGAAGGAGCCAGGAGCUACAAUAUAGAAGAGCAUAAAAAACACACGCUCUACUGUGGUACCCACAUCAUCCAGACCCGCUUCUACACCGGAGAACUGGUGAAAGCUGUUGUGGUGAGAACAGGCUUUAGCACAGAGAAAGGCCAACUUGUGCGUUCUAUUCUUUACCCUAAACCCACUGACUUCAAGCUGUACCACGACGCAUACCUGUUCCUGUUGUGUCUUGUUGGGGUGGCAGGCAUCGGCUUCAUCUAUACCAUCGUCCUCAGCAUCAUGAACAAGGUCCCAGCUAAAACCAUCAUUAUUGAAUCUCUGGACAUCGUGACCAUUACCGUGCCCCCGGCCUUACCGGCCGCCAUGACGGCCGGCAUCGUUUACGCACAGCGGCGUCUGAAGAGCGUCGGCAUCUUCUGCAUCAGUCCGCAGAGGAUCAACAUGUGCGGUCAGCUUAACGUGGUUUGCUUUGACAAGACUGGUACUCUGACCGAGGACGGUUUGGACCUGUGGGCCAUUCACAGGGCUGAGGAUGGCAGCUUUUGUUCACCUGAGUCUGAGGCUGCUAAAGUCAGUCUUGUAAACACUACAUUCGUGGCCUGCAUGGCAACCUGCCACUCACUGACCAAAAUAGAAGGAGAGCUCUCUGGAGACCCUUUGGACCUCAAGAUGUUCAGCGCUACAGGCUGGAUCCUAGAAGAACCCACAGAGGAAGAAACCGCGCUCCACAAUCCCAUAAUGCCCACAGUUGUACGCCCUCCAAAGCACAUCGCCCCUGAAGCCCAUCAGAGCAAUCCACUACCUCAGAGCAUGGAGCUUUCUGAAUUAUCUUUCAAACAUGUGACUUUUGCUCCUCAGGCCUGUGAGAUGGGCAUUGUGCGUCAGUUCCCCUUCUCCUCGGCGCUGCAGAGGAUGAGCGUGGUGGUCAGGAGGCUUGGGGCAAAACACAUGGACGCCUUCUUAAAAGGGGCACCGGAGGUGGUGGCCAGCCUCUGCAGACAGCACACAAUCCCACAGACGUUCACAGAGACUCUGGAGGCCUACACCAGGCAGGGCUUCAGGGUUAUUGCCCUGGCACAUCGUCAGCUAGAGUCCAAACUCUCCUGGCACAAAGUCCAGAGCCUCAGCAGGGACGUAAUAGAGACCAACAUGGAGUUCCUCGGUCUGAUCAUCAUGCAGAACAAAAUCAAACCAGAGACUGCUGGUGUUUUAUGUGAAUUACAGCGAGCCAACAUACGCACAUUGAUGGUCACGGGCGACAAUAUGUUGACGGCCAUAUCGGUGGCUCGAGACUGUGGAAUGGUCCGUCCACGCGAGAAGGUCAUAAUAGCAGAUGCUGUGCCUCCCAAAGAUUUCCAGCCUGCGAGUAUCACGUGGCAUUACACUGAAAACCAAGCUCAGGCUGUUAAGGACAACGAGAUUGUGGAGAUCGAGCUGGAUGAAGGGACCUGGGAUGGGGAGGUUUCUCAGGAGCAAAGUUAUCACUUCGCUGUAAGCGGCAAGGCCUUCGCUGUCAUUAUUGAAUACUUUCCCCAGCUGGUCAAGAAGCUUGUGCUGAGAGCCACCGUGUUUGCUCGCAUGGCUCCAGACCAGAAGACUCAGCUGGUGGAAGUCCUGCAGAGCAUGGAUUACACCGUUGGGAUGUGUGGUGAUGGUGCUAAUGACUGUGGAGCGCUGAAGAGAGCUCACAGCGGGAUUUCUCUGUCAGAGCUGGAGGCGUCAGUUGCGUCACCCUUCACCUCCUCUACCUCAAACAUCUCCUGCGUCCCCAACCUAAUCAGGGAGGGACGGGCCGCCCUCAUAACAUCGUUCUGCGUGUUUAAGUUCAUGGCUCUCUACAGCAUCAUCCAGUUCAUCAGUGUCAUCCUGCUCUACUCGGUUCUCAGCAACUUGGGAGACUUCCAGUUUCUCUUCAUUGACCUCAUCAUCAUUAUCACCAUUGCCUUUACAAUGAGUCUGAACCCAGCCUGGAAGGAGCUGGUGUGGCGUCGCCCGCCAUCCAGUCUGAUCUCAGGCCAGCUGCUCUGCUCAGUCCUGACCCAGAUCCUCACCUGCCUGGUCUUCCAGGUCCUGGCUUUUCUCCUGGUACGACAGCAGAGCUGGUACGAGACAUGGACGCCUGAGUCAGACGCCUGUAAUGUUUCCAGGUCCAUCUUCUCUCUCAGAGUUAACGUAACUGAUCCUCAAAACCAUAAAAACAUCAGGAACUAUGAGAACACGUCCCUCUUCUACAUCUCCACCUUCCAGUAUUUAGCUGUGGCGAUCGUUUUUUCCAAGGGAAAACCCUUCAGACAACCAAGCUACAAGAACUGGCUGUUCAUGCUGACCUGCAUCGGUCUGUACACUUUUCUCCUCCUCAUCAUGCUGCAUCCCUUCCCUGCUGUUGACAACUUCUUGCAGAUCGUGUGUGUUCCCCAUGACUGGCGUGUCACUCUAGUGAUCAUUAUGAUCGGGAAUGCGGCUGCUUCUUUCUUGUUGGAGAUUUUGAUCCUUGACAUCAUCUUGUGGAGGCUAGUUUUCAGAGGCAAUCACAGGGCAAGUCGCCCCGCAGAGUCCUCCUCUGCUCACACGCCGCAGGUGGCCAAUGACCGCUGGGCUUCGUCCGUCCUCUCCUGGUUGUUCUGUCGGAGACACAAGGCACCAAGGGCGCUGUAUAUGCAGCUGGCUCUGGAGCUGCAGGAAGGCAGUGAGUGGCCCCCCCAACCCUCCGCUGUCACCUAUGCCAGUGACCUAAAAUCCAGCAUCUCUGACCUCAAUGUGACUGCCAACCAAAACUCAACACAGGCUAAACCUGAAGCUUCCCUAAAGCUUGUAUGAUGGUUUAAUUCACCUCCUCAAAAUGGACAAACACCCUGUACUUCUAUCGUAGCCGUACUGUCGUAUCUCGCUACUGAAACUUGAGCCAGAGGAUUAUUAAAGGAAAAGCUUGGCAUUAUUUGUUUUCUCGGUCAAUGUUCAAUGUCUCAUUAAAUUUAGCCUAGCACCAAGCCUGGAAACUGGGGGGAAUAGCUACCUUAGCAAACAUGCUACCUUGGGCCCCAUGAGGGGUUACUGUGGGCAGUCACAUGGGCCACAGUGUCUGAGAACCAGUAUGAAAUGUAGGACGCAUCGGGGCCCCGAACUGUAGAGCAGAGUGUGGGCUUACUCACUGCAGGCCUGUAAUGGGCCACACAGUUGGUUCCUCUCUGCACAUAGUACUGGCUGCCCCACUGGGGCCUAACUGUACCUGACAGUGCAGGUAUAUGCCAUACAUUUCGUGUGAGUCCCAAGGUAGGCUGCAAAACUGGGCCCCUAUGUGCUCUAUCAGAUACUGAGAUAUGAUAUAAUUAUAGCUCAUUGAGUACAUAUUUUCCACCUCACAUGCAUCAAACUGGAGUGAAGAGUGGACCAGAAUGUCACUCAAACAAAAAACAACAAACUACUUAGGGGGUCACCACAACAGGCAGCUGCUCAUAUUUAAUUUGGCAGAUUUUUACACCACUUUCCUGAAGUCCAUUCCAUAUCAACAACAUCCAGCCAUUGCAAUUUUGCCUUUGGACUACCAGAGUUUUAUAUGGGCUAUGUGUUACCAGAGAAGACCCUUAUGGAGACCCAAAUGGGAAAACUGCUAUGGGCUGCACUUAGGCUUUCUUUAAGGAAGCUCAAAACAUGCAUGUGUGGUUUUUCCUGCCCACACAGCACAGUUCACUCAAAUCUGCCCACUAUGGACUCACAUGGUGGCAUUUUUUGUUGGGCAUCCUGUCUCUGUGCAAAGCUAGGCUCUAAUAGGCAUUCCCUCUUGUUGCUACACUUGGUGUUAAGCUAAUAUUAAUUGCUGGUUGCUGUGCAGGCAUGGUACUGGUAUUGUCUUGUAGUGCCAACCGUUAGUAGCUUAAAAGAAAAUCAAGUACUGCUCUGGACACUAGACACUGGGAAUGGUCAGAUUAAUCUUUCCAUUGUUUUGAGUUUUUUCAUUAUGCCCACUCUUUGAAAUAUCUGAAAGUCUGACACUGAACAAAAGAUCAGCUCUAUCACAUGGAUACACUGCCCUCCUGCUGUUUUUACCAUUCAGUUACAUUGCUGCUGGUAGAACUUCAAAGCUGCACAAAUUCAAAGAAACUUUCAAAGAAACGUGAGAGAUUUAACGCCUGUUUAUGGGCGUAAAUGGUACUUUCCGAUUUCUGAGGCAGAAAACAUUCCACUGUUGGAUUCUUAGUCUUUUUUUUUUUUUAGUUGCUUUGCCUGAAUUUCUUCCUGUGGAAGUGAAAAGCAGAAAAAUAUCAGUUGAAAUUCUUUUUAUUGCGCAUUUCACCAUUUAACAUCACAAAGGUACUGAAGAGUAAUAAUGUUUUGAUUAAUUAAUCAAACCCAAUCAUUAAAACACUUGCUGCUAUAAAAUGUUUUAACAGCUAAUUUUAAUGUCUAAUUUUGUAAACAAAUAUAUAUAUUUUAAGCAGUUUUAAAAUGUAAUUUUAAAUUAUGUGAUGAAAUGUUCUUUCUUAAUGCAAAACAGAACAUUUUUAACAGAAACUGUAACAUGUUUGUGCUUUCUUUCUUAUCUGGAUCAUGCAAAAAAAAAAAAAAAUGUUUUGUGUUUGCUCUGCAGAACUUCCAUUUCAAUUUGCAAUAAAUCUGUAUCUGAAGCCACUCUUGCGUGCUUCGUGGGGGGCUGACCUUGGUCACACUUUUUCAGCCUAGACUUACUGAUCAAUUAUGGGCUUUCCCAGCCUCCUCGCUGCCUGGCAUAUGGGUGCUUAAAGGCGCCAGAGUGGAGGAGAAAGAGGGGUAUCAUUUCAUGUGGAGAUCAGGGCCUAUAGGCAGUGAAUGGGUGGAUUUAGAGGAGACUGUGAAUGAGAGAAGGGGGUCCUCGCUUGUACCAAAAAAAAAGAGAAAAGAAUCUCCCACAGAUCAGGGGAAGAGCCUUUUUGGGAAUAUUCAUGAUGAGGAUGAGGAGGCAUCAUGAAUUCAUGUGUGUCUGUGAAUCCCGCGGAUCAUCUUUUCGGUAAACACGAUGUCCACAGAGCCAGGAUGUCGUGCUUUCUGUCUGUGUUUGCGAUGUAGUUUCGUGGAUAGUGUUGCCUCUCCACAAAGCAAUAUGGGUUUUUGUGUACUCUCUGCUGUAUUCCUUUUGUAUCAGUAGAGGAACAGAUGGAGAGUGGUAGAAAGACAUAAAGAAGCUAAAACACACAGUCUUUCUUCCUCACAGCUAGCUACUCGCUGAAAAAGGUUUUCUCAAGCUUG